AUGGCUGGCCCGUCCGACGGGGAGCCCGACGGAUGGGUCGAGAUGUGCGAGCGUCAGGCCAAAAACUCCGCUCAGGACUUCGCCAAGGCCUGUCUGCACUACAUACAGACCAACAGCAACGAGGCCGCAGCCCGACCGCUCUCGCAAAAAGAACUGCUGAAGAAAUUCGUGGAAUGUUUUACCGAACAAUUCGAUUUCGAGUUCGGUAAAUUGAAAGCUCAGCACAAGUUACCGAACGGCAUGCACACCGGUCACGACGAGAGCGACUAUUCAGAGGACACGGACUCGCCUAAAACACAACACAAACCGUUCUUUAGAAGGUUAUCUUUCAAAGGUCUGCGCCGCGGCAAGGGAUUGUUUCACAAACAGCAUUCAGACGAAGUCGAGUUACAAUCUAAUUUAAACAAACACAAAACGAAAUUAGCUAAAAUUGUUGUUGAAUGCCGUAAGGAGGGGCUCGUGAAUUAUUUGACUCCGGAGAGCUUAGAGCAACCCGGAGGUCCACAGAAAUGGGAGAAAUGUAGACUGGCGUUAGUUAAGACUGUUGGCGGUUACAUGUUAGAGUUCUAUUCACCACCUAAAUCACAGAAGCCGAGGAGCGGGGUCUUCUGUUUCCUUAUAUCGGAGGCUCGGGAGACAACGGCUCUUGAGAUGCCUGAUCAUGAGAACACUUUUGUUCUAAAGGCCGACAACAACAUGGAAUAUGUGAUAGAAGCAGCCGAUGUAGACGACAUGAAGUCUUGGCUGGCGACCAUCAAGUACUGCAUGCGUUCAGCGCCGACGUCCCAGCCGCCACCGGAGGCUCUGGCCGGCCUGCCCGAGCCUGCGCCCCCCGACCUGCCGCCGAGAAGAGACCUGCCGGCAAGCACCAGUAACGUUGACCUAGCUAAUGAUACACCGGACGCUGAAUUAGGUUCAAUAGCGGAGGAGGCUUGUGAGUCUCGGGUCUCCCUGGGUGAGUGGCCGUGGUUCCACGGUACCCUGGCUCGGUCUGCGGCGGCGGCCUGCGUCCUGGCGGGCGGAGCACCCGCUCACGGCUGCUACCUGGUCAGGCAGAGCGAGACAAGGAGAGGGGAAUAUGUACUCACUUUCAACUUUCAGGGUCGUGCUAAACAUCUCCGCAUGACGCUGAGCGACGCCGGCCAGUGCCGCGUGCAGCAUCUCUGGUUCCCUAACGUUCACGACAUGCUGGAACACUUCCGAGCGCACCCCAUACCUCUCGAGUCGGGCGGCGCGGCUGACGUCACGCUCACCGAGUACGUCGUCUGCCAGGACAACCACCUGGGUGUGUCCCACGGCAGCGAUGUCCGUAUACGUCGUGCUGAACUUGAAGCGUUGUUGGUGGCGAGUGGGGCUCAACAUGAUGUCCGAGCCGUUGACAACCAGUAUGUGUUGUGCAACUUGAGGUCCUCGCAGGGGCAUGCUUGA